ACAUUGGAAUAACUUACGGUUGUUAAUGUAAUACAGUAUAGCAUACUAAAUGACAAGUCAUUUAAAUUGUAACAUUUGCUUUCUUUCCAGUCUUUUCUUCUGUUAGAUAGAUUCUUCUUAAAGUCACAUAUUACACAGUAUAAAAUGGUUCCAUUAACUAAGUACUCAUUGUUUGAAAUUCGUUUUUCUAGAAUAUAAAAUAGUUUAAUUAAGAAAAUAUAGAGUUAAGAAUGGAUCCUGCAACAGUCAUAGCUCUUUGUAAAGAAAAUAUUCAACCAUUGCGUUAUGGACGAAAUGCUGUACAAUUAGGAACUGCAUUAAGAGCACAAGAAGAUGCAGAUGCUCAGCAAUUACUUUUACAAGAGAAACAGAUGUAUGAAGACGCGAUAAAAAAUUAUGAAGGAGACGAUCCUUUAGAAAGCUGGUAUGAUUAUAUACUAUGGGUGGAACAGAGUUAUCCAAAAAGUGGACACGAGCCACAUAUUGCUAAGCUUUUACAACAAUGUUUAGCAACAUUUGAAAAAGAGACCAAGUAUCAUCAAGAUCGUAGAUAUAUACGCCUUUGGAUUAAUUAUAUAAAUAUGCAAAAAAAUCCAUUAGAGUUGUAUCAACUUUUACACAACAAUGGAAUUGGGACUAUGGUCGCAGAUAUGUAUAGAGCAUGGGCUUUUGAAUUAGAACAAAGAGAAGAUUACAAACGUGCAGAUGAAGUUUAUUUAAUGGGUUUGUCUGCUUUGGCAGAACCACAAGAUGAAUUGGAUUGUGCUCAUAACAACUUUCAACUCGCAGUUGCUCGUAAAAUGUUAGGACGAACAGACGAUCGUAACGAAGUAUCCUUACUCGAACAACGUCAAGCUUUCAGCUCUUUAAGAGCAAUAAAAGCUGGGAAAAAAGUUAGUAACGUACGUACUGGACAUCGAGUACGCGAACACUUUCCCGGUACCGUUCCACAAAUUUCUGCGACGACGCAUAAUACUAGACCGAAUGUCAAAAUCCAGAUAUACGAGGAUGAUGUACCUAGCGCAAUGAAGGGUUCCAGUAUAUUAGAUCACGUUCCAGUAGAAGAUAUAGUACAUAAAGAGAAUACCAUUAAACCUGGACCAUGGAAUAGUGGGAGCAAGCGAUGUCCGUUAAUUUCAUCUGCUACAAAGUCAGCUUUUAAGGUUCAUGAAGAUCAAGUGGAUGACUUUGACACAGAUAAGUUAAGAUUAUUUUCAAAUCACACAUUCUUUUUCGAUGGUAGCAAAUAUCCAGAGCACUUAACUGUACCUGUGUUUGUACCAGAUCCUCCAAAUCCAAAUAUUAUAUUAAGACCACAUUAUCCCAAAGAAUUAGUUUAUACUAAUAAUGUAGAUCAAAGUAUGGAGGAAAUAAGAGCCCAACUGUACUUACAAAGAGCACAAACUUUAAAAAAGAAGCAUGAUGUACAAGAUAUAAGAGAAAUUGAACAAGUUCAGCAUAAAAGUUUUGAAACUGAACAUCAGAGGCAUGAUAUAUUUUUACAAGAAUUUCAAAGACAGAGAUCUGAACAACAGGAAUUAACAAAUGGGCAAAGAGAAAUAGAACAGCAAAGAAGAGAGGUCGAACCAAUUGACAUCGAUAGACAAAGACUUGAAGCUAAACAACAAGAACUUCGAAGGCAACAGUUUGAAGCCGAAAAUCAAGCUUUAGAGUCUCAGAGACGCGAGGCGGAACAAAGAGAAUUAGAGAGACUAGAAGCUGAAAGAAUCGAGGCUGAAAGGAUCGAAGCGGAAAGGCUCGAAGCACAAAGAAUGGAAGCAGAAUUAAAUUCACAGAGGAAGCUACAAGUCUCAAAUUUUAUGCAUCAACAUCAUACAUCAUCCCUAACUACUGACCCUGAAGAACAUUUGCUUGGACAAAGUAUUACAGCUAAUACGAAAGAGGCAAUAUCAGUGAUACAAAACAUGUGGCGCUCUCCCGAUGCUGUACAUACUACUCCUAAUUUUCGUACUCCUAUGACACCUAGAAUCCCAGAUUCGAAAACUAAAUUAUCGUUUGAUAUACAUAUGGACAGUUCAAUGACUCAACACGCAAUGUCGAGCAGUAAACAUCAUUCGGGAUAUAGUAUUCAACCUUAUAACGAUCAAGAAAAUCAUGAGAAUUAUUCUGCUCACCAAAGUUACUCUAAUCAAGAACACCAGACUUCCUAUGGCAAUCCUGGACUACAUAACACCUACCAAUAUCAAAUACAGCAACAUCAUGAACAACAAAUGCAACCUCAUUCCCGACCGCAUCAUUCACAGCAUCAUGCGCAAUUAAUGCAAACGCAUCAACAGGCUCAUAUGGUUCCGCAGCAUCAUCAUCAUCAUCAUCAUCAUCAACAACAACAACAACAACAACAGCAACAACAACAACAACAACAACAACAACAACAACAACAUCAUGCUAUUUCUCACGCUUCACAUUUGCAUAGCCAGAUUCAUCAUCAGUCGUCACACAACCAGCAUCUUCAUCAUCAACCGCAUCAACACAUGCAGCAUUUGCAACAUCCCGUUUAUGGCAAUAUGAUGCCAAAUGACAUUACUUAUCAACAGUACAGUUCGCAACUGGAAUCUACACUGUUACAACAGAAUGUUGAACCUCAAAAACAGCUUCAUUAUCCUCCAUAUAACGAACCGGAUAUCGAAACCGGCAAACCUUAUAGAAUGCCUCUCGAGUUACCAUACAUAAAAUCGCCAGGAAUGAAUCGCAGAGACAUAAAGUAUCUUGAAAGCGCUGAGAACAAAGAAAAUGCUAUUGUCGUUGACUAUAAUGGACCAAUGGAAGAAAAUAUGUCGUCAAAGCCAGCCGACGAAAACAAUUUGUACACUGAUGAAAGUCUUGGUAUAACUCCGUUAGUCGGGAACGAUGAUACUUGUUUCACGGAAGCAUUUAAUACACAAUUGACUAGUUCUACACCUAUGACUAAUCAUUUUAGACAAUCUUACAAAGUAUCAGAGGGAACUCCACAAUAUCCAAAUCAUUGCACUCCAUCUCAGUCAAAUUCAGAAGCUCCAAAUGGUGAAGCUGAAGACAAACUAAGCGUUAUAUUGGAAUCAACCAGAGAAUAUAUUUCUAGCAGUUCUAGUAGCAGUACCACUCAUACAAGAAACACUGCAUUAGCUUUUACAUUAACGAAAGAAGAUUUGGUUCCUAUAAAAGAACAAUCUAUUAGUAUAGGUGAAGAAGAAGAAGAAGAAGAAGAAGAAGAAGUAGAAGAAGAUGAAGAAGAAGAAGAAGAAGAAGAAGAAGAAGAAGAAGCUAAAAAUGUUACGCUUUCUGCAAAUCAACUUUACGAGCAGAAACUUCAAGCCCAAAUUCAAGCUGUUCAUGCUCAAAGUCCACGUACGGUGCAGCGUAACGUGGAUCACAUUACUUCUGAAAUUAAGAAGAAUUGCGAUCUACGAAAAUCAAUUAAUUUUAAACUUAACGAAAUAGAACAACAAGAAAAAGUUGAUUCUAUGGAUUGUGAAGAGCAUCAUGAACCAAUGGAAGAAGCAGAAGAAGAAAUUUUUGAAUUUCCUUCAGGGGACAUAAAUCCUUUCGAUAAAAAUUUAAUAGCUGGUCUCUUAAAGAAAAUUAAAUUUCCCCAACCGCAUCAUGCAGAGGGAUAUGUGAGAUUAAAUACUAAUUUAAAUAAGUUUGUGCCUUCUAUGAUUACGCUUGGUACUGAUGCAUACGAUUUGGAAAAGUGCCUUGGAAAGGGAAUGUAUGGUACAGUAUUCAAAGCGGUGAAUCUACAAACAGGUCAAACGGUAGCUCUUAAAACGCAAAGACCUGCUUGGGUUUGGGAAUUUUAUAUAACUAGAGAAAUAAAGCAUCGUUUGAUUAAUCCACAUAUGUUACGUGGAUUUAUGGACGUAUCAGUGGCAUAUGUUGCUAAUAAUUGUAGUGUACUAGUUUCAGAGUAUUCAAAGUUCGGAACAUUAUUAGCGGUAACAAACCAAAUAAAGAUUGCUACAGGUAAACCGUUGAUAGAGAAUUUAGCUAUAUUCUUCACGAUUGAAAUGUUGCAAAUUGUGGAAUAUUUACAUAAAUGCCAAAUAAUUCAUGGAGACAUUAAACCAGACAAUUUUCUUUUAAUGCGUUUGCCUACUGAAGAUGUAAGGCCGACAAUACAGUUGAUAGAUUUUGGGUGCAGUAUAGACAUGAGACUUUUACCAGAAAAGACGACAUUUACACAGGUUAUUAAGACCGAAGAUUUUACGUGUAUCGAAAUGCAAACUGGAAAACCAUGGACGUAUCAAACUGAUUUGUAUUGUUUAGCUGCAACAAGCCAUUGUUUGUUGUUUGGUAAUUAUAUGAGAGUUUCGCAUAUGGGCGAUCGUUGGUUCAUCACAUCGAAAAUACCAAGGUAUGCCAGGAGAGCUGCAUGGGAGCAGUACUUUACAGAAUUAUUAAAUAUUGAAUCUUGCGAUAAAAUGCCAGAUUUAUCAAAAUUGCGCAACAUGAUGGAAGAAGCAUUAGCGCAAAUGACGGAUUCGCAACAGAAAUUUAGAAAUUUUGUUAAUAUUUUAAACAAACGAUAACACUUGCUGAAUAUACUGUACGAAAUAUUGUGUCCCCACGUGUGCACAUAUUUAGUAUAGAACCAACAUUUAUUAAAAAAAAUUAAUGUUAUUAUGCUAUUUAUUAUAAAAAAUUAAUAUUAUGGUGAUAUAUAUAUAUAUAUACUACAUGGUUAAUAAUACAUGAAAUGCACUUUACACGGCCUGCUUCGUGGAGGCUUUAAUGAACUGUAAUGCUUGCACAUAAUCAAUUACAUUAGAAAUACUAAAUACUUGAUUCACUGAAAACAAGAAAAAACAACAACAAAAAGAAAAGAAUGAAAUAUGAAAACUAUUAGUAUUAUUACUGACAUUUUGUGCCCCAUAAGUUAUAAAAAUGUCUUUCAAGAUACCUCGUGACACAGUACCUGGAUGUUAGCAUCUGUCACGUAAAUUAUGUAAAGGCAGAUUUGUAUAAUAAAGUUGAGUAAAAAUAAAACUUAGAGAAAACGAAUAUGUAAAAACAAAAAAAAAAAUAAGAAAGAAAAAGAAAAAAAA